AACAAACAUGGCCGCCAUGCAGCAGGCAGACAUGAGUUCGUCAAACAUGGAUGAAAAAGAAGCGAACGCAGUAGAAAUGGACGGGUGUUCGGCCAAUGAUCACGAUGGACAACCCGAAAGGAAAGAACUACCCGCAGAUGACCAAGAAACAGAGGACCCCUUUAAAAAGCCAGCUAUAUUCGCAGCGCCUUCUCUUGCUAGCAAACGCAGCUUGAACCCUGCUGCUCCAUCCAAAACACAAGCUGAGACGAAAACCGAGAAAGAACACAACGAAGCUCAAGUUGAUGACACAAUUUGUGAGUUAUCAGCAGAUGACAACAAAACACAAGAAGAUAAUAAAAACGCGGAUAAACAUAAAGACAGUUCUCCGGUAAAGGUGAAAACAGAACCUAAGCAGAGAGUGCUCUCAACUAAGGCACCGGCUAUCCCAUACACAGAGCCGCAGUGGGGUGGCCCGGCACCCGAUGAUGCGUAUGCUCUUGAAAUUCUCAAAAACGGCACCAUAGUGGACAGGGUGCCCCUCACGCACAAAAGUUACUUUGUGGUUGGACGUUUACCGGUGUGCGAUGUCUCUCUGGAGCACCCGUCUAUCUCCAGAUACCAUGCUGUCAUCCAGUUCCGCCAGCAGCCGGGCGAGACUGAAUCUAUUGGCGAGGAACCAGGCUUCUACAUCCGCGACCUAGGCAGCACACAUGGUACUGUUGUCAACAAGAAUAAGAUUCCACCAAAGACAUACAUCCGACUCCGUGUUGGACAUGUCCUCAAGUUUGGAGGCAGCACAAGGCUUUUCAUCCUCCAGGGUCCGGAAUUCGAUGAGGAAGAAGAGUCUGAAUUAACAGUGACAGAGCUGAGGGAGCAAGCUAGAAAACAGAGGGCAGAGCUUGAGAAGAGAAUGAUGGGAGAGGGUUCAGAUGAAGACGAGUUGGAGGAGAAGGAUAAAGGCGAAAGUGCCAAGAGAAAACUGUCCGGUGAAGAUUCAGGAUGUUCAUGGGGAAUGGCUGAGGAGCCGGUACCAGAGGAUGAUGAGAAUGAGGAGAACCCCUUUUCAACUGAGUUCCAUGAAGACCAGGAAGCUGCCUACUUAAAGGACCCUAAGAAGGCCUUGCAGGGCUUCUAUGAUAGGGAAGGGGAGGAGCUGGAGAUUGAGUAUGAAGAUAAAAAUCAUGGCACCUGGCUCUGUAGAAUAAAGCUGCCGGUGGAUGAUGCCAUGGGCCGCCAGCUUGUUGCCGAGGUGACCCACACAGGGAAGAAGAAAGAAGCAGCAGUCCAGUGCUGUCUGGAAUGCUGCCGGAUGCUAGAAGCCAGAGGAUUGCUACGCCAGGAAGCAGUUUCCCGCAAACGCAAGAAAAAGAACUGGGAAGAUGAGGACUACUAUGACAGUGAUGACGACACCUUCCUGGAUCGGACAGGCACCGUUGAGAAGAAGAGGAAACAGCGAAUGAAGAAAGCGGGAAAGAUUGAGGAGCGACCUGAGACCUACGAAUCACUGAUCGCAAAGCUAUCAGAGGUGGAGAAGGAGGUGGCAGAAACACAGAAAAAACUCGGCACCUGUGGGAAAAAUGCGUCUGGCUCUUCCACUGAUGACCCACUGGAUGCUUUCAUGACUGCUGUGCGCAGCGAGGCAGCCAUGGAUGCUGUGGAGCGCAGGAAGCUUCACAUGCAUGUUGCAGACCUGCGGAAAGACGCCCAGCGGCUCCGCAAACUGGUGGAACUCACGCGCCCCGCACAGCUGCCGUCACUGCUCCCCAGUUCCAGCAGCUCAGAGUCAGAGAAACCAAAGAAGGCCUUGCCCCUUUUUGGAGCCAUGAAGGGAGGAAAAAAGUUCAAGCUGAAGACUGGCACCAUUGGAAGGUUGCCACCUAAACAGCCCAGCUUACCUCCUGAACUUUUCACCAUGAAAGAACUUCCACCUGGGGGAGAGGAGGAUGAAGAAGAAGAGGAGGAGGAGGAGGGAGAGAAAUCUGAAAAAAAGGAGAAUCAAGAAGAUACAAUGUCCCAGUUUAUUGUUGACUCUGAGGAGUCUGGGAGCGUCAUAUCCCAAGAGACUUCGGGACAGAAAGAGGAAAGUCCCAAAAAGCUGACUGGCAAGGCAUGUACUGAUGCAGACAACCAGUUUCCUUCUCAGAACACCAAACCCAGCACAGACCCACCAGCUCCCGAAUCCAGAUCUAAGGGUGAUGAGGAGCCUAGUCAGAAAAAGAAAAAGAAAGUGAUGGGUCCCAGCAAGCCGCCUGUGCUGCUCUCAGGCCAAUAUCCACAAGACGACCCUGAUUACUGUGUCUGGAUGCCGCCUGCAGGUCAAACUGGAGAUGGCCGCACCCACCUUAAUGACAAGUACGGCUACUAAAGGAAUAAAUGUCCAUCCCCAACAUGAGGAGCACAUAUGGCCUAACAUGUAGACAGCUCAUCACCAAUCUCCUGCUGUAUUAUCCAGCCAAUGCUGCACAUUGUAUAAUGGCAUCGUCUGAGGAAGCAUAGAGGUCCAACUGAUAUCAAGGCUUGCCAUGUCAUGCCCACGGACCCCAUUGACCCCAGCACACAACAGUCGGGCUCCAUCCGUUUCACCGUCCAAGCAGAAAAUAGAAAAUGGCAGCGUAAGAUCUAACUGAUGUGAAUUCAGCCCCCCCCCACCCCCCACCCCCGGCUGCUCCUCUUUCACUUCAAAACACCUGACAUCCAAUCUGUAUCCCUCCCCUAUUUGGCUCCACUUGAUCACUGGCAUUACUUUUUUUUUUCCUCCAAAGGAGAGUGUGUAGCAGGGAGGGAGAGCAGUGAAGCAGCUUUUCUGACCAUCUGGACACUUGGAUGGCUUAGUGGAUGAAACGCAAGCUGAUAAUGACUCAAGCUACAGUAAGCAGAGUUGUGUGUCAGCUCACGCACACACAUACACUCAUGGGCCAACCUUCUCAAAGUUCUCUUUUUAACAGGAUUGUCUUUAGAAGCCAGUCAACCAUUGUUGGCCGUUUGAGCAGGAUACACACUAAGGGCUGCUCAUUUUUUGUAUUUCUUUUCUGGUCAAGUUUAAAUUGUAUUUUGUUAUAUAAAUGUGUAAUAAAAUUGUCUGUACAGA